UGCGAAUUCUCUGAAAUUUCAGUGAUUUUUUUUUCUAUUUUCGACAUGAAUCCCGUGGAACCCGCGGAUUUAGUCGAUAUUAGAGAACAACUACAUUCUGGCUGUCACAUAGUUCAGGCGAAGGGGUUCAGUUUUCUUGCCAAUCGAAUUAUCAACAAAGAACUAGAUGCGAAAGAUGAGAAAAAAUAUCGGAAGCUGCUAUUCGAUUGCUUUGUCGUGGAGGAAGACAUACUAUUCAGAUUUCUGAUUGACACUUUGCCAAUUCUUCUUAUUAGAGGAUCAAACUCACCGGAGACUCUAUGGGAAGAGUUUACACUUCGUGCACCGAGAAUACGUCGAAUUCAAAGAGCUUUUGGAAUGAUGAUAAGCCAUUGUAAACCGUCAUUUUCAAAAUUUCUGGACGUGGCAGCAAGAAUUGACAGUGAAAUCUUGACUAAAAUCUGCAUUAGCAGCGAGUUUGGAUACAACUUUUAUCAAUAUAUCGCAGUGCUUUCGUUUACUGGAUUGCUAUCGGAUAGUCAGAAAAGGCUAGUAGGAAAUUGUGGAUUGGCCCAAAAUGUGUUCUUAAAACAUCAACCAGAUUUGUACCCAACUGGGCACGAGAGUGAACAUGACCCGGAAUCUUUUUUGAGAGAAUGUUCCGCAGAAGAUCUUCUCAGUCAUCCUCUACAUAAUAUUGAUCCAUUUCAACGUCAUAAACUGAUGCGAGACAGACCGGCCGUUCUCGAAAGUAAAAAUCUUCCAAAUCACAUUCUCUACUUACCUUACGCGGUUAUGCUCAGUCAGUACAAACAAGUCAUUGUAAAACUUGUUGAGCAAUCAAAAAUGGCCGAUCAUAAACUUGCUUCGGAGAAUCGAGUCAGUGGAUGCAGGGAUACAUAUUCAUUUGCUGCUCCCGAUUUUUCCGAUCAAGAUCUGACUUUUGAAACAUUCAUGUAUCACACGAUAGCUACUGGAAAAGUCACGUCUUUCAUCAAAUACGUUGAGAACUAUCACGAAUCGCUAGGAAUCCUUCAAAAAGCUCAUCUUCUUCCAGCACUUACUGUUUUUCUGACUCAUUCAUCUACGAAUCCAUCUCUUCAAGAAAGAAUUUGCAAGUUAAUAGCCUUGUUCGUCAAAAAAGCUCCAGAAAAUGCGGAUCAAUUCGUGCUCUAUUUCAUUACAUUAUACCAGAAACCAUUCUUUCCAAUACACCGGCACCUGCUUCUCGAAACUAUCAAGGAUCUAUUUGUUAAUCGAUUCGUCAUAAGUUCUGCCUUCGGCUUCCUCAAAAUCACUGCUUGUUUAGAAGGUGAUCGUGUAAGAUCAUUGGAAUGCCUAGCAGAGAUCAUUCCAAAAUUCACACAGUUGUUCGAACCAAUGACUAGUCUCUGCGCCUUGAAGAGGGAUGAUGGGUCCGACGAAUCAUUUUAUGCGGAGCUUCAUUUAUUGAAGGAGUGCUGCAAAGUAACGGAAGACAACGAAAAAGCUCUUUCAAAGAUCAGCAAUUCAUUAAAAGAAUGUACAGGACCUCGGUUGGCUGCCAUUGUGGAUGCUGUUACCGAUUUGAUCAAGUGUGGAGUUCUUGAUACAAUAGGCGCAAGAUCCAUGCUUACAAAAAGAGCCAGGCAAAGAGGUUGCGAGCAAUCAUUAGGAACGUAUUGUCGGUUAUUAUCAACAUCCACUAUCCCUGAAGAAAACGAGGAACAGGCUCGGAUUUUGAGAAUGUCUUGUAUCGAGGAGCUAGCAAAUCUCAAACAAAACGAUAAUCACACAGUUGCUUCAGAAGCGUGGAGAUCGCUAGGAGCAUUUGAAUUGGAUGAACUCGAAAAAGGACUGAAAAUAAAUCCUGCACAAUUUGCCACUCUAUUCGUCAAAUUAAGAAAAGAAGUUCAAAAUGGAUUUAUCGACUUCCUGAGUCUGUGUUUGCACAAAGAAGUUGAAUCGUACCAACGACCACUAUACAAUACUAGUGCUCAGGAUGUCAAUGUUUCACCGUUGCUCACAAAAGUGGAUACCUUCAAAGAUAAAUUGAUUAUUGAAAAUAAGAAUGAACCAUGGUUCUGGUCAGCUUCACUCUCAUUAUCUGCAUCUAUUCUUCAGCUCACAGGCCCUACCAAUCGGGCUCAAGCAUCUGUGCGCCUCCUUCAAUCCUGUUUGGAAAAUGUUGUUCCAGCAAGUUCACACGAUGAAAUGAUUCGAUUGAUGGCUGGAUGGAGAAUAUGUAUCAGAGAAGUGCUCCACGUGCUCACUGAGUCGAAAAGUAACGAUAUUCUCUGGGCAAGAGAUCAGAUCAUCAAUACUGGGCGAACAAGUUUAACGAACAAGGCUGAGUCAGUUGACAAUAUAAUGAUGAUGCUCACAGCUUUGGCAGAUGCUAUCGAUCAACAGCUUAGAAACAUCGAGAAUGAUGAACAAGUUGAAGAAGUAUCCAAGGCUCAGAAUCCGUGGUUGUUAUCCGUUUAUGAGUUUGUUGCUACCCGCUUGCCGAAAAAUUUGAAGGAGAAACGAGUUGCGAAAAAUGAGCCAAUAUAUCAAUUGAUAACCCAUUCAAAUAAGUCUUCCCUACUCACUGCCAUAUUCUGUUUGCGUCUUCUGUAUUUAAACCCAAGUGUUGCUGCAUUUUACAAUGAUGAAGAUGUUGGACUCACUGAUGAUCGGAUGCUUGUCAGUUUAUUGCAAGAUUCCACGAAAGAGCUUAAGAAAGAGGAAAUUCCUGAUCGAAAAAUGAUGUGGGUGACUGCGGAGGCUUACGGUGCUAGUCAGAUGAGUGCGAAAGCGUUUGAAGUUGCGUACAAUAUAGUUAUUGACGAGAAGACAGAAAAGUAUGAAGAAACGGAGCUGGUUGAUGAUGAAAGUAUUGAAAAGUUCUUUAAUGGAUUGAUUUCCUCUCCAAAAAAAGAUCUUAAAGAAAUAGAACAGAAUAAUAAGAAAGUUCUUGAAAAACUUUGGAAUAAUGGAAACAAUGAAGUGAGGAGAAAAAUCUACGAAGGAUUAGCUGAGUUAGCUCUAAUCUCUGGAACAGGUCGCAGCAAAAUGGUCAUACCAGCUGGAAAGUUACCUGAAGGCAUAUUGAAAGGAAUUCUUCAGUUGUUCGAUAAGAAAAUAAAUGUCAAACCGGAAACUCUUCGAAACAUCAUCCGCUGUCUUGUUAAUCACAGAAGAAAUGAUGGACGAUUCCUUCCACCAAUUGACUGGAUGAAGUUCUUAGAAAGAUCGGAAUGGACAAAAGCUGAUACGGAUGCUCGUUUGGCGAUGAUUACGUUGGCAUGUGAACAAAAUAUCUCAGAAGUAAUUUUCCAUUUUUCGAGUUCUUUGACUGUGAAGGAACUUUUGGUACUUUCUGAAAAUCUACGAUCGGUUUCAAAAUUGUUCCCUAGAAAGGAGUUUACGAUGAUUCUUGUUCAAAUGGCCGUUCAAGCGAGAAAAGAAGAUGUUGAAACAUCGAAAAAGCUUUCAAUGGCUCUAUCAGAUCUACAAAAAGAUUCAACUGUUCAUAACUUUUUGAUGAAAUGUCUUCCGAAACUGUUUGACAUUUCUGGAAUUACUGAUCCAAUUCUGAACUCGAUAAAAGAUCCAGACGCAUUCGGAGGUCAAAUUUCCAACUGCUUUGAUGUAUGGUUGGAAGCUCGCAGAGGUGAAAAGAUGAACAUCAGAAGAAUUUGUGACAUUUUUGGCAAGGAGGAGAGUAAUUCGAAGAAGAAUGCGAUUUGUGCAUUGAUCUCUCACGAAUCAAGAACACUUUCAAGGAAGAUGAGAUUUGAAAAGCUUCUCGACGUGAUUACUGCAAGCCGCAUCGCAAGAACAUUCGGCGGAUCUAUGCAAUCAUUCUUUUCCAUCUUUCUUUCAAUCAUCGUCAGCAACAAUGAUACUGUCGAAAUUCCAUUGUGUUGGUUUGAAAAUCAAGAACAUGUUCCUGCGAUGAUGAUCGCUGCUAAGCAACCAUUUUACAAAUGGAUUGUUGAAGCUCCAGAAAUGAAAUCCAAUGCUCACCAUUUCGGGUCAUUUUUGUCGUAUUAUGUGGAUGGGCCGGAAAAACAAUAUUACGAAUAUUGGCACACAGAAGGGGCAACAGACUUGCUCGCCAUGAUUGUCUCUGCCUACCCAAAUGAGACCUUCCCGAACCUUCUUACUCAAACCGAUGAGUUCUGGAAAUCUCUUCUUGGUAUUGCAGAUGUUGGAAAAUGAUUAUUCCUUUUCUCUCAACGAUCUCCUUAUUUAUUAUUAGUUAUUGUUUUAAAUACUAUCAAAUGUUAUAUGAGUAUUUCGACUGGUGUCUCCUAUUUUGUUCGGUUACAAUUGCAAUAUACAUAUUUAUUUUG